AUGUUUUCUUUUAUCCCAGUGAAUUCAUCUAAACUCAAGGUUGUGCUUCUGGGCAAAACGGGAGCAGGAAAAAGUGCAACAGGAAACACAAUACUGGCCAGAGAAGCAUUCAGAAAUGAAAUAUCUCUAAUCGGAAUCACUAAAAUCUGUCAGAAAGAAGAAGUAAUAGUGGAUACAAAGGAGCUUUCCGUAAUUGACACUCCAGGAAUAUUUGACAAAUCAAUAACUAAAGAGGAUCUGAGGUCUGAAAUAGAGAAGUGUGUCAAGAUGUCUGCUCCUGGUCCUCAUGUGUUUCUUAUGGUUAUCAGACUGGAUGUGAGAGUCACAGAUGAGGAGAUAAAUGCAGUGAAAUGGAUUGAGAAGAACUUUGGUGAAGGUGCUGAACGUUACACCAUUAUUCUUUUCACUCAUGCCGAUCGGCUGAAGCAUAUUUCAUUAGAUAGAUUUGUAGGAGCUAGUAAUGAUAUCCAGGCACUUAUUAGUAAAUGUGGUGGUAGAUAUCACUCAUUCAACAAUGAGGAUAUGGAGAACCGUUCUCAGGUCACAGAACUACUGGAGAAGAUUGAGAAGAUGGUGAAUGAGAAUGGAGGAGAUCACUACACCAAUGAGAUGUUUCAGGAGGCUCAAAAGAAGGUUCUGAAAGAGAUGUUCUGGUCAGAGAAACCCAGAUUUUUCCUGCUGGGUAAAAGUGGAUCAGGAAAAACUGCUACAAGAAAAAAUAUUCUGAGACAAGAGCUUAAUUCACCAAAUUCACCAACUAAAACCUGUGAAAAACAUAAAGCAAUAGUAAAUGGAAAAAAACUAGAAAUGAUUGACACUCCAGAGCUGUUUAAUACAUCAGUAAACAUAAGGGCUGAAAUAGAGAGGUUUGUUGGUGUGUCUUCACCUUUUGUGUUUCUCCUGGUCAUCAAAGUCAAUGACAAAUCCAAGGAGAAAACAGUGAAAUGGUUUCAGAAGAACUUUGGUGAAGAUGCUGCACGUUACACAAUUAUUCUGUUCACUCAUGCUGAUCGGCUGAAGCGUACAACAUUAGAUAAUUAUAUCACAGAAAGUUCAGAUCUACAGGCAUUAAUUGACAGAUGUGAAGGCAGAUAUCACUUAAUCAACAAUAAGAGCAUGGAAAACUAUUCUCAAGUCACACAACUGCUGGAGAAGAUUGAGAAGAUGGUGGUAAAGAAUGGAGGAAAGCAUUACACCAAAGUAAUGUUUGAAGAGGCUCAAAGGAAGAUAGACAUAGAAAAGUUCUGUAAGCAAUCUGUCUUGUUAUAUUUUUGACAUAGUUUGGUCUUUAAAACAUAAUAAUAUCAUGAUAUAAAC